AUGGAACUAAGAUCUCUGCUUGACACAGGCAAUAAACUGGGUCACCUCGUCAGCAAGAGCGCCAUCGACGAGAUGGGCUUGUGGCCCGAAGUGAAUAGAAACAACAUCCGGACUGGGACUACCUUGACCGGAAGACUCGAAACGCUCGGAUCAAUCGACCUAGACUACUAUCUUGGAGACAAUCGUAACUGUUUCACAGACACCUUCCAUAUAUUUGAUGAUUGGUUUUACAAGAACCACGAUGUUCUGUUCUCUCCUGGGACUGAAAACAAUAACCUCGUUGGAAUGGUAGCAUUUGACAAACACGGGGAAACUGAAGACGAGAGAACAAUGGAAUGGGAAAGAGAACGGAGGAGAGAAGAAGAAAUAAGACAAGAGGCAGAGCGACUCCGGACUAUGCAGCAGCAAAGGGAAGAGCAAGAGAGAAGAAAUGAAGCAAGGAGACGACGAGAAAGAGAGCAGGCUACAAGAUCGAGAGAAGAUUAA